ACCCCAAAAUUUACCUUUAAUUGCAAAUAUCAAAUUUGGGUAUUUCCUCUGUAAUUUGCAUUUUUUCAUGGUGUUUCUAUAAUGGCUGCAAAACCCCAUCUCUUUUUCAGUAGAACAACCCCAUUUCUCCAUUUUCUUCUCUAAGCCCACAUUUAUUAAAAAAAAAAAAAAAUCCCAUCUUUCUUCUUCGUUUUCUCACAAUGAGUAGUACCCAGGCACCCAAAUCUUCAAAACCCACAAAGCUGUCGCGCCACUUCGUCUUCCUCAUCAACCUCAGCAAAAUCCUCGUCUCUUUCUUCUCACUUCACCAUGGUAGAACUAAAGUAGCGCAUUUUGACUUCCCUUUCCAAGCUAUCGGAUCGAGACACACGGGAUACGCAGCAAAUGGCCAUGGAAGAUCUGGAGAAGAUUAUCCAGAGCCUUUCCCCAGACAAGGUGGGAGAGCAACAACAAAGUUGAUGGUGAACAGAAGUGACGAUGGAGGUUUCAUCGCCAUUUGCAUUCAGAGAAAAUGCAGAGUAAAUUCACUUUGAAAUUGAAAUUCAUGAGUUUGAUAAUGAAUUUGAAAUAUACGA